UUCUUUCUAAUAAAAGAGGGAAAAAAGAAAGUUACCAAAUUUUCUGGUUUAGUCACCAAACAAAAGAGAAGAAAAAAGAAAUUAUGGAUCUCUUGCCUGAAGAUUGUUUUGCACACAUUCUAUCAUUCAUAUCUCCUAAGGAUGCGUGCUGCACAUCAAUUGUUUCGUCGGCGGUUCGAUCCUCAGCUGAUUUAGACACGGUUUGGGAGAAAUUUUUGCCCUCUGAUUAUCCAGAAAUUCUGUUCAGAUUAGUAUCACCGAUUAAUUACUCAACUAAGAAGGAGUUGUUCACCAGGUUAUGUAACCCACAUUUUCUUGACGAGGGAAGAAAGAUAAUCUCACUGGAUAAAUCAACAGGCAAGAAACGUUACAUGUUGGGUUCAAGGGAGCUUUCAAUUUCUUGGGCUAACAAUCCUCUCUACUGGUCCUGGAAAAUCCAUCCUCAAUCAAGGUUCUCAGAAGUUGCUGAACUUAGAACAAUUUGUUGGCUUCAAGUCCAUGGAAAAUUUAAUACCCAGAUGCUAUCUCCGAGAACUGUUUACAAAGCCAAUCUAAUUGUCAAAUUUGCUGAUCGUGCCUAUGGACUGGACACCUUACCAUCCGAGACGUUUCUUGAAGUUGGAAACUACAAAACAAAAGGAAAAGUCUAUUUACGCCGCGGCCAAGGGAAAAAGACUGCAAAUGGUGUAAACAGAAGAGAAGCAUCAAGAGUAACAGCAUAUAGCAGAGAUGGCAGCAACAGCACAAGUCCUUAUGAGCGGGAAGAUGGAUGGACGGAGAUUGAAUUGGGGAGUUUUUAUAAUGAUGACGAUGCUGACGGAGGAGACGGCAAAGAAGUGGAAAUGGGCUUAAAGGAAGUGACUGGCGAGCAUUUGAAAGGUGGGCUUAUUGUUGAGGGAAUUGAGCUUAGGCCCAAAUACUCAUUAGAAAAAAGAACCUUUGAUCAAUGACUAGGGCUAUCGGCCCAUUCAUCAAAUACCGGACUCCGUCAAGCCUUUUAUUACUGAUUCUCGAAUCCAGGGUAGCGAGACACGUAAUUAAAAAGAAAUAAGAAGGGUAUAGUUGGAAAUUUAGGUCUAUUAAGCAGUAACCCUAGCCAAGACUUGCUCCUUUAUAAACUCUAUCCCCCUUUUACUUAUCGUCUUCUUCUGUAAACUUCCUGCAACUUUUGUUUUUCAUUCUCUGUAUCUGUAGUGGGUAUUUUUUUAUAAAUUUUUGUGGAUAAAUGAGUUUACGGUUGUUAUUGCUAUUACAAAUAGCAGCGAGGAUGAUAAAUGUUUUAAUCCCAGCUCAUUAUGAGACCUUUUUGUAAGGUCUGGGAAUUGAAAUACAGUCUCACAUUUAUCUGAGCUUAUUUUAUUUUAGUUGUUU